GUCGACAGGUGUCGGGGGAGAGGCGCACAUCCAGUCCCACUCUUGGUCUCCGGCAGGAGGGAUACUAACCCGUCUCAGCAGAAACUAACUGCAGCGCGAUGGUGACCAGACUAAGUCCUCUGGGAAGGCUCCUGCUGAUGAUGGGGACGCUUCUCGCCGUCUCCUUAUUCACGGUGGCAGAGGACCAGGGGCCCGAGAAGGGGGUCACGUUCAGCCACGUUUACAAGAUCGGCACGGACUGCAAGGUGGGCUCUCAGGCCCUCCUGUCCACCGACCAGAACGCCGACGGUGCCCUGCAGGAGAUGACGGUGAGCGGAGAGAACGACGUGGUCUUCAAGCACAACAUCCGCCUGCAGACGCCCUCGUGCAGCUGCGCCGACUCGGACGACUUCAAGUCCCUGCUCUACCGGGUCAACGGCCUGGAGGAGGAGGUGACCUACCUGAAGGCCCAGUGCGCCCAGGGCUGCUGCAAAUCAGCAGGCAUGGACACGAGCUGCAGCGGACAUGGCACGUUCCAGCACGACACAUGCAAAUGCCAGUGUAACCCCGGCUGGCAGGGUCCCGACUGCUCCGAGUCGAUGUGCCCCGACGACUGCAACGACAACGGGCGCUGCGUGGACGGGCGCUGCGUGUGCCACACGGGCUACGGCGGGGACGACUGCAGCCAGCUCCUCUGCCCCGACAACUGCAACGACAAGGGCCACUGUGUGGACGGCAAGUGCGUCUGCUUCUCACACUUCACAGGGCCGGACUGCAGCGUGCAGCGGUGCCUCAACGACUGCAUCGGAAACGGACGCUGCGUGGAUGGACGCUGCAUCUGCGACGAGGGAUUCUUCGGUGACGACUGCUCCAUGGUGAUGGGUCCCAAAGAGCUGCGUCUGCUGGAGGCCACUGAGAUGUCCCUGCUGGUGGAGUGGGACCGCGUCAGAGGAGCCGAGUACUACGUCCUGACCUACCACCCAGAGGGCGACGAGGGAGCCCUUAUCACCGUCAACGUCCCCAACACAGAGAACUCCUACUUAAUCACCGGCCUUGUCCCAGGACUCACCUACAUUGUGGAGGUGUAUGCCGUCAUCAAGGAGAUCAACAGUGAAUCUGUCAGUCUGGAGGCCGCGACAGAGCUGUCUGGUGUUAGCGGCAUCCGUGUGUUGGGUCAGACAGAGGACUCCAUCCAGGUGGACUGGAAGAACCCUGACAUAGAGUUGGAUCAUUUCCGACUAACCCACGCCAGCACAGACGGAGAGGAAGAGUCGGAGACCGUGGCCAUGAGCGAAGAGGCCAGAACCAAGCACACCAUCGUGGGUCUGCUCCCUGGUACUGAGUAUCUGAUAACAGUACAGACCGUCAAAGGAACGUCAGAGGGCAAGGCAUCAUCCGUUACUGGACACACAGACAUCGACUCUCCAACCCAGCUGGUGACGAGAGAGGUGACCGAGAGCACCGCGACCGUGACUUGGGACCAAGUGCAGUCGGAGAUCGACGGCUACAGACUGAGCUACGUGUCAGCCGUGGGCUCCAGCCAGGAGAUCACCGUCGGGGCGGGCACCACCACCUACCAGCUGACCGGCCUCAGACCGGGAGUCGUCUACACCGUCUACGUCUGGGCCUACAAGGGCUCUCGCUCCAGCAGGAAGAGUUCCACCGAGGCCGAGACGGACAUAGAUGCCCCUACUAACCUCUUGGCCAGAGAGGUGACAGAGAAUUCAGCGGUGCUAUCGUGGGACCGGGUGCAGGCAGAUGUUGAUGGCUACAUGCUGAGCUACACCUCAGCUGAUGGAUCCAGCCAGGAGAUCUCUGUCGGGGCAGACACCACCUAUCAGCUGACUGGUCUCAGUCCGGGAGUCAUCUACACCUUCUACGUCUGGGCCAUCAAGGGCUCUCGCUCCAGCAAGAAGAGUUCCACCGAGGCCGAGACAGACAUAGAUGCCCCUACUAACCUCUUGGCCAGAGAGGUGACGGAGAAUUCAGCGGUGGUGUCGUGGGAUCGGGCACAAGCAGAGAUCGAUGGCUAUAUGCUGAGCUACACCUCAGCUGAUGGAUCCAGCCAGGAGAUCUCUGUCGGGGCAGACACCACCUAUCAGCUGACUGGUCUCAGUCCGGGAAUCGUCUACACCUUCUACGUCUGGGCCAUCAAGGGCUCUCGCUCCAGCAAGAAGAGUUCCACCGAGGCCGAAACAGACAUAGAUGCCCCUACUAACCUCUUGGCCAGAGAGGUGACGGAGAAUUCAGCGGUGGUGUCGUGGGAUCGGGUGCAGGCAGAUGUUGACGGCUACAUGCUAAGCUACACCUCAGCUGAUGGAUCCAGCCAGGAGGUCUCUGUCCGGGGGGCAGACACCACCACCUAUCAGCUGACCGGCCUCAGUCCGGGAGUCGUCUACACCUUCUACGUCUGGGCCAUCAAGGGCUCUCGCUCCAGCAAGAAAAUCUACACAGAGGCUGAGACAGAGAUUGACGCACCCAGAAACCUGCAGGCCUCCGACAUCCAGCUGGAGACUGCUGCUCUGAGCUGGGCCGCACCUCAGGCUGAUAUCGAUGGCUACAUCCUCACCUACAGGCCCGCGGAUGGAAGCAUGCAGACUGUUGAGAAGAAGCUGAAGAAGAGGGAGCUCAAGUUUGCUCUGAGUGGCCUUCUGAUGAGCAAGAGGUACAUCGUCACUCUGAUCGCCUACCGCGGGGCCAAGAGAAGCAGACUGGUGGAGACUACUUUCAACACAGUGGGCUUGGCCUACCCAUUCCCUAUGGACUGUCUCCAGCACAUGAAGAACGGCAACCUGACCAGCGGCGUGUACACCAUCUACAUCAACAGCGACCGCAGCAGGCCCAUUCAGGUGUACUGCGACAUGACCACCGACGGCGGUGGAUGGCUGGUGUUCCAGAGACGUAACUCCGGAAGGCUGGACUUCAUGAAGCGUUGGAGACAGUACAUUCAAGGAUUCGGCGAGCUGACGGAUGAAUUCUGGCUCGGUCUGGACAAGAUCUAUGAGUUGACAAACACUCCAACUCAGUAUGAGUUGCGGUUUGACCUUGGCUUCGGUUCGGAGCGUGCCUAUGCUGUGUACGACAACUUCAGGAUUGCACCCAUCAAGCAGAAGUUUACUCUCACCGUUGGCAAGUACAGAGGAAAUGCAGGUGAUGCCAUGACCUAUCAUCAGGGAAGAAACUUCACCACUGUGGACAAUGACAAUGACAUCGCCCUUAGUAACUGUGCUCUCAUGCACCGUGGAGCCUGGUGGUACAAAAACUGCCAUUUGGCUAACCUCAAUGGCAAGAUGGGAGACAACAGGCACAGUAUGGGAAUGAACUGGGAGCCAUGGAAGGGUCACCUCAUGUCUCUGGACUUCAGCGAGAUUAAGAUCCGUCCAGUGGGUGCGCUCAGUCGGAAGAGGAGGUCACUGAUGGCCAAGGAGAAGAAGCGGCUGGCUAAGUCUGAAUGAGUGAAACAGGCGAUAAGGCAGAGUCCAACAACACCAACAUACACACUUACCCUCGUUCAAUACAAGAGACAGAGAUGAGGCCAUGAGGAGUCGAUAACUCUUCACAAUACUGUAGAACCUUACCUUGUCUUGAACCCUAUGCAUCCAUAUUUUAAGAUAGGAUUUUUGUAUCAUAAUUCUUUAUUUUAUAUAAAUAGAUUUACUAUGACAAAUUGUAUUUUGUAACACAGGGCAAAAGGGGCAUUCCUAAAUACGGAGUAUGCUGUUCUUUCAAUGUCUGUCUACAUUACGCUUUCAGAUUACACAACAUUGUUGUUAAUACUGUACCAUAAGUACUCAUUACUUCUUAAACUGCUAAUUUUUUUAAACCGCUAAUUUCAUAUUUGUUACAUAGAAGACCGAUACUGUAUGGGAAAUAGUGUUAUCAUGGUUUGUUUUGUUCCUCAUCUUUUCAUCAGCGUUCAGCAACUGUCCUCUGCUUUACGUGCGAUUAUUUGUUUUUCCACAUCACGCGGCCACUCCACCCGCGAGCGGCUCGUGUUAGAGAAUGUUGUAUGAUAUAAUGUAAACCUAUGAUUGUAAGUUCCAGUGUGUACUGUAGUUGUACUAUAUUUGUGCCACGAGUCUGUGUCGCAAUAUUUCACAGAAAUAAAGUGUCCUGAAAUGGACUGCA